AUGGCCCUCAAGGUGAUCACUGGCCUGGGCUGGCACAUCAACCAUGAGAAGUCUUUGCUGGUGCCAAGCCAAUUGAAGGAGUUCCUGGGGCUCACCAUUGACAUGACUGGAGAGCCUUGCUUCUGGGUGCCCAUGGGCAAAGCCCACGCCCUGAAGCAUGACAUUGAACGCCUCCUCUGCGCCCAUGACCAGGAUGGCCAAGUCCUGGUUCGAUGGGCAGUGGUGGUGGCGGGCCACUGCUGCUCUCUCAUGAGCUGGAACAGCCACAUCCACCUCUCUGACGUGGCCCAGAAUGACCUGUGGGAGUGGAUGGCUGGCAUGGCGACCUGGGAUGGGCGUCUGGCGUUGAUGAGACCAUUUGACAUGGCUGGUGGCAUGGACGCUGCUGGCACAUCAAUGAGCUGGAGUUGA